UGUUAACCAAUGGAACAGAUAAGUAAAACAAGACAUCCUACCACAAGAACAGAGUAGAGGCAUUCUCGUGUCUAUCUUCCUGUGACAGUCUCUAAAAAUGGAAGCCUCAAAAAUGUGUUUAGGUCUUAAAACACUCCCUAACGUUCACAACGGCCCUCUCUCUCAUAAGACCAACCUCUCUCUCAUUCCUCGCCGUUUGCUACAAAACAACACUCUUUCCUCCAGGAAACCCACAAAACACGACUCAAUAUGUGUAAUGGCUGAGAGUAGUGGCGAUCUUGAGAGUACUCGUCCAUUGACUUACUUUUCUCCAUCUACUUGGGGAGAUUACUUCCUCUCCGUUCCCGUCGAUGACUCUGAGUUUGAGGCACUUGAGCUAGAAAUUGAAUCUGUGAUGAAGCCUAGAGUAAAGGACAUCCUUAUUUGUCCUCAAAAUAGCGACAAGGAGAAGAUUCGUAUUAUCCAUUUGCUUAUCAGCCUCGCUAUCGCUCAUUAUUUUGAGAGCGAAAUAGAAGAGAUUCUACACCAAGCUUUCCAAAAUCUGGACGACUUAAUAUCAGAAGAAGAUGAUCUGGAAACUAUUGCAAUCAUGUUUGAAGUUUUCAGGCUAUACGGCCAACACAAGAUGUCUUGCGAUGUGUUUGAGAGAUUCAAAGGUGAAGAUGGGAAAUUUAAGGAAAGUCUGGCGCAUGAUGUUAGUGGAAUGUUACAAUUGUACGAAGCAUCGCAUCUCAGUCUACCGUCUGAAGAUAUAUUGGACGACGCAUUGACUUUCACGAGGCAUCACUUGGGGUCGUUGACUGGCCAAGAAACUAGCUCAAAUCUCUAUGAGCAGAUACAACGCGCACUGUAUAGAGCUCGAUAUCAUAACAUCGAGAUAGUUGUCGCACGACAAUACAUCUCUUUCUACGAACAGGAGGAAGGCCACGACAAGACGCUCCUCAAGUUUGCAAAGCUCAACUUCAACUUUUGCCAAAUGCACUACGUCAAAGAGCUUAAGAUUAUCACCAAAUGGUGGAAAGAGCUAGGUAUGGCGCCUAAGCUAUCUUACAUAAGGGACCGAAUUGUGGAGGCAUUUCUUUAUGCAGUAGGAGUGUUUUUCGAGCCACGGUAUUCACUUGGAAGAAUUCAUUCCGCUGCACUUUCAGUGAUCAUGAGUGCCGUUGAUGAUACAUGUGAUGCAUAUGCCACUCUUCCAGAAGUUAUUAGUUUUCAUGAUGCUUUCCAAAGGUGGGAUCUUGGUGCCAUGGAGGAGCUACCAAGCUAUAUGAGAAUCGUCUACCAAAAUACGUUAGAAAUUGUUGAAGAAAUUGAUCGAGAAAUGAAAGCUCUAGGAAAGUUCGGUAGUGUGCAACUAACUAUAGAUGAGACUAAGAGUUUGAUGAAAGUGUAUCUUACGACAGCCAAAUGGGCACGCACAGGGCACGUGCCAAGCUUUGAGGAUUACAUGGAGAAUGGGAGCCCCUCAUCUGGACUGGAUGACUAUGCAGCCUUCGGAUAUAUAUCUAUGGACGAUUGGGAACGAAAGCAACUGAAUGAGUGGUUCAACUCCGAACCCAAAAUAUUUAAAGCUUUAAAUAAUAUAUUCCGUCUUAGAAAUGACGUUGUGACUUUUGAGCAAGACAUGAGCAGAGGAGAGGUGGCGAAUGGAGUCAACUGUUACAUGAAACAACAUGGUGUUACCAAAGAAGCAGCGGUUGAUGUAUUGAGGAAGAUGGAACGAGAGAAUUAUAAGAUAAUGAUGGAGGAAUUUGUUUUGACGAAAGAUGUGCCACGACAGAUUCUGGUGCGAGCCAUCAACAGUGGACGUAUGAUUGAUUUAUAUUACAAGGAAGGUGAUGGAUAUGGUCAUCCUGAUCAAAAACUAAAAGACAUUAUUGUCUCUUCGUUCCUCCAUCCAAUUCCUCUUGGACAAACUUAUGUAAGUUAAGAGUGAACUAAGGAGAUAUAUAAUCACUCUAUUAUCUUCAACAUUUCUUUCCUUAGUUCUUUGUAUUUCAUGUGCACUGAGAACUACUCGUGCCCUCUAUC